UUAGACUAAAAUAGCAACCAAUACACAAUAUGCAUCUUCCAGCAGUGUUUGUGCUAUUGUACACUACUAAGCAUUACUGUCCUGAGAAUACAAUUUAUUACAUUUUAGUUGUCGAGCACUGCUCAUCGGAUGCCUGUCUCAAUGGGGGAACCUGCGUGAACCAAAGAGAUGGAUUCAGUUGUGUUUGUCCUCAUGGCUACACUGGACGCUACUGCUCUCAAGUUGCAACGAAUCCGACUCCAACUCCAGAUACGACUCCAGCUACUUGGAAAGACUCAAUUGUAAACACAGUAGUGUCGACUACAAAACAAACGAUGGAUCCAAAUCCGAAUACAACAGUAGGUCCAACUCUUGGCUCAACAUUGCAACCAAAUCAAAAUACAACGAUUAGCACCAAUCUUGGUACAACAAUGCGACCAACUUCAAAUACAACGAUUGGUCCCACUCCUGAUACAACAAUACGACCAACUUCAAAUACAACGAUAGGUCCCAUAGUUGGUACAACAAUACGACCAAAUUCAAAUAAAACGAUCGGUCCCACUUCUGAUACAACAAUACGACCAACUUCAAAUACAACGAUCGGUCCCACUUCUGAUACAACAAUACGACCAACUUCAAAUACAACGAUCGGUCCCACUUCUGAUACAACAAUACAUCCAACUUCAAAUACAACGAUAGGUCCCAUAGUUGGUACAACAAUACGACCAAAUUCAAAUAAAACGAUAACUCCCACCACUGGUACAGCAAUACGACCAACUUUAAAUGUAACAAUAAGUCCCACUUCUGAUACAACGAUACGACCACAGUUAAAUACAACGAUAAGUCCAACUUCACAUACAACAAUCAAUCCUACUUCGAAUGCAACACUGAUCUCAAGUAAAGGACGAUUUGUAGAUUUCAUAUCAUGCGAUUUCGAGUGUGGAUUUUGUAACUGGAAGCCAAACAAAACAGACAGAUUUAGACUAGAUUGGACAAGACAGACUGGAAGUAUGAUGUCAUACUAUGCAGGGCCAAUAUUUGACCAUACUACGGCUAAAAGUGGUUAUUAUGCAUUCACGGAAGCCUCCUUUCCAAGGCUAAUAAAUCACAACGCAACACUCUCCUCCCCUGCGAUGCAAUCAGAUGGAAAGCCUAGAUGCAUUGAUUUCUACUACCAUAUGAUAUCUAAUGGCAAAGGUUCCCUAAACAUCACUGUCGAAUAUAGUGGCAUUAAACAGAUAGUCUUUAACGCAACUAGUAGCAGCGCUAAUGGCUGGAAUCGAGGGCAAGCAGUACUUGAUGUACCCUCCGGCUUUAACUUCACGGUUCACUUCAAGAAUAUCCGAUCAAAAUUCUGGACUGGGGACGUAGCUGUUGACGACAUACGCGUCUGGAAUGGAUCGUGUCCAAAGAAACCAGGAAGUACUCCAUCUGUAUUAGCUUGCCCCAUUGAGGAGAGAGCACAGUUUUGCGACUGGAAGCAGGCUACAAAUGAUAGCGGCAACUGGAAACUGAAGAGUCCGUAUAACCGGGGGUACAGGAAAUCCAACAAUUUUGACGACACAGAAGAGGAUAGCAGAAGGGGUUAUGGGCGGCAUCAGCCCAUCAAAGGGCCGAGAAGAGCGCUCUCUGGCAAAGAAGAUUCCUUUGCAUAUUUUCGAGGUAGAAAAUUUGCCAACACAGAGAAAGCAGUUCUUAUAAGCAAAGUCAUAUCUUCCUUUGGUUCGACUUGCUUGCGUUUCUUUGCGCACAUGUCUGGGCAGCAUGUAGGCAAACUUAUAGUCAGCAAAGUGGAUACCAAAGGUAGAACUGAAUUGUUGAAGAUGGCUGGCAGCCAAAAAAAAACGAUGGUUUCAAGUAGAUGUUAACUUAUCCGCCGGAAAAGACUUUCAGGUUGAAAUCGCAGCAUUUCAGGGAAAAAGAGCAACGAUCGCAAUUGAUGACGUAGAUGUAAGCCCAGGACCUUGCCGUGUUCCUAAACGCCUGUUUUCUUGCGAUUUUGAAGCUGGAUCGUGUGGUUUGAUGCAAGACGACAUGGAUGACUGUGACUGGAACAUAACCACGACAAAUAAAGGCAAAGCUUUGCAAUGGAACAUUGAUAGAUGUCAUCAUGAUAAUGGAGAUAAAAGAGAAAUUCAUGACAGUAUUGCAUUAUUAAGUAAGGAGCUGCAUGUACCAAAGCGUGGAGGA